AUGCCUUGUGUAUGCCUCAGGUUGACAGACGACAACACGACACCCUACCUGGUGAUCUUGAACUUCGGUGACGUCAGAGCCACACGCGACUACUCGUCGGUCGUCGGCUCCAGAGCGAUCAAAGUCAUCCACGUGAUCGAUCCAUCUUUUGGUGACGGCAAUAAUAAUAACAAUAAUAAUAAUAAUAAUAAAAGUAGUAGUAAUAGUAGGUAUGAGCAUGGAAUCAACAGUUACGGCGAUAAUAAUGAUGCGACUAAUAAGCAGGCGAGAAUUGAAUAUGCUGAUAAAAAUAAUAAUAAUAUAAACAACAACAACAGCAAUAAUAAUAAUAAUAAUAGAAUUAAGGGCAUAGAUAUCAGCGUUAAUGGAGGCAAGCUGGACUACAUAGAUGUGGCCUUCGACAGUGAUGAUAAUGAUAAUAGAAAUAUCUACCGUCGUGUUGAUGAUGAUGGCGAUGAUGGUGGUGAUGAUGAUGGUGUUCGUGGUCGGGGUGGUAGUGAUGACGAUUACCACGAUGACCUCACAGCGGGAAAGGUCAUGGACGCCAGUCGUUUGACCUUGAGGUCAGGGCAGGGAUUGGUUGGCGUGGUUAUGUUGGAUGAGGUGCAGUUUGUCGGAGAGUGA